UCUUGGCCUAAGUAUGAGGAUAUUUAUAAAAAAAUGCAUGCCCUUGCAGAUUUCAUCGAUCUGCCUUGUUUUCCAGAUAUAACAGAGGGCAGCUUUCUUCAUCCAAAUAUUCUUUGCAUGAAAUACAUGAUGGAAAUCAACUUGCCUGAUGAAAUGAAUAAAUGGACUUGUAAAGUGAUAAAAAAAAUUGGUGUUGGUGAAACAGACUUUCUGACGCUUCAUCCUGGCAAUAAAUCCACUUGGAAAGUGAAAUACGAUAUACUUGCCGUAGCUAUUAUUAUAGUAGUGCUGAAAAUUCUAUUCUUGUUGGAUGAUGAAUAUGAGUGGUUGCUGGCAAACUACACGGAGGAAAGAAACAAAAAAAAUGAAGGUUGUCAGAUUUUUGAUAUUAGAAAAUGGUACAUGGUUGUAAAGAAUAUUCUGGAUGUGGAGCAGAAAAAAUAUAAUGAAGAAAGAAUCAGGCGUUUAUGGCGAUGUGAGAAGCCACUACUAUAUUCAGCCUCUGAAAAGUACGUUGUCCUCAAGAAGAAAC